GAGUCGGAAGUUGUUUCCAAUUUAAUUGAGUUAGCUAUUGAUGUCAAUAACGACAGUAGAAUUAUGACCUUAUCUGCAAAUUCCUGGCCAUCUAGGUCACUCUCUAAAAUACAUUCUGACACUCAAAUUUCAACUUAUCAUGAACAUGGUUUAGACUCAAAUUUCGUUAGUUUUAAUCCUUCUGAUACUGUCUUACAUUAUAAAGAUCCAAAUAUUUAUCGUGAAAUGUUAGAUAUAAUUGCUGAAAUUGUUAUGGAGUCUGUAUCAGAAGAGUUGAAAAAUUCUAUUUGUUUCUCAAUUCAAAUCGAUGGAUCGGUUGAUAAAUAUUCAAUAGACAAUAA